UUUGCGCAGGAAGCUGGAGCCCCCCCCCGAGCGGCAGCGCAAGCAGGAGGCGCAGAGGAAGAUCAGCUCCCUGAGCUUCAGCCUCGGCGGCGACGAGGACGAGGAGGAGGAGGAGCCCGAAGACGAGGAGAUCGAGAUCACCUUCAGCUACUGGGACGGCUCCGGGCACCGGCGCACCGUCAAGAUGAAGAAGGGGAACACCAUGCAGCAGUUCCUGCAGAAAGCGCUGGAAAUUCUGCGCAAGGAUUUCAGUGAGCUCCGGUGCUGCGCCCCUCCCCCGCAGCACCACAGCUUCUACGACUUCAUCGUCACCAAGGCCCGCGGCAAGAGCGGGCCCCUGUUCAACUUCGACGUGCACGAGGACGUUCGGCUGCUCAGCGACGCCACCGUGGAGAAGGACGAGUCGCACGCCGGGAAGGUCGUCCUGCGCUCGUGGUACGAGAAGAACAAACACAUCUUCCCCGCCAGCCGCUGGGAGCCCUUCGACCCCGAGAAACGCUGGGACAAGUACACGGUCAGGGGCCCGAAAUAUCCCCAAAAUCAUCCCAAAAACAGUCCCAAAAUAUCCCCAAAAUAUCCAAAAAACAUCCAAAACAUAACCCAAAAAUAUCCCCAAAAAUAAUCCUGAAAUGUCCCUUCGACCCCGAGAAACGCUGGGACAAGUACACGGUGAGGAGCCCAAAAUCUUCCCAAAAUGUCCCCAAAAUAUCCCCAAAAAUAUCCUCAAAAUAUCCCCAAAAUCAUCCAAAAACCAUCCAAAAAAUAACCCAAAAAUAUCCCGGAUAUGUCCCUUCGACCCUGAGAAAUGCUGGGACAAGUACACAGUAAAGGGCUCAAAAUAUCCUCAAAAUAUCCCCAAAAUCAUCCAAAAAAAUCCAAAAAUUAACUCAAAAAUGGCCACAAAAAUAU